GUUACUCCCAUUAAACCAUCCCACCAAAAACUCCGUUCUUUUAACCUCCCCCACUAUUCCACUAACCCAGAUAUCGCUGCCUCCCCUAACCUUCCAGUUACUUUUACUGCUAACUGCUAACCCUUUCUUCUUCUACACAUCUACUGCUCUUUGCCCUCCUCUCCGUUUCUGCCCUGUUUUUAAAACCACCAACCCUUCCCUCUCUUCUCUUCUUCGAGAGCCCAAGAGCCGAAGCCGAAAAACCCAGAGGUCAGAGCAGUAGAGCACCGACACGGUUAGCGAGCAUGUCCAUGGCAUUACUCUCGCUGUCGCUGGCCGUGGCGUUCCUGGCCGCAGCGUCGGCUGCAGGCGCCACCGGCGCGUCCCGGAGCAUGAGGCGGCCGGAGGAAGACCUCGUGGCGGGGUUGCCCGGGCAGCCGGAUGUCCGGUUCAGGCACUACGCCGGCUACGUCGGCGUCGGCAACGGCAAGGCGCUCUUCUACUGGUUCUUCGAGGCCGAGAAGGAGCCGGAGAAGAAACCGCUCUUGCUGUGGCUCAACGGAGGUCCCGGAUGCUCAUCCGUCGCCUAUGGCGCCGCCCAGGAGCUGGGCCCGUUUCUGGUCAGGAGCUACGGCGAAAAUCUCACUCUCAAUGCCUACUCAUGGAACAAAGCUGUGAAUCUGCUGUUCCUUGAAGCGCCCGUCGGCGUGGGGUUCUCCUACACGAACCGGACAUCUGAUCUCCGACGCCUCGGCGAUCGUGUGACGGCGCAGGACUCGUACAGCUUCCUCCUAAACUGGCUGAACAAGUUCCCAGAGUUCAAGAAUCGGGACUUCUAUAUUGCCGGAGAGAGCUAUGCUGGGCACUAUGUCCCACAGCUCGCAGAGCUAAUCUACGACGGGAACAAAGGAGCCAGCAGAGACAGAGUCAUCAACAUCAAAGGUUUCAUGAUCGGCAACGCGGUGCUGAACGACGCGACGGACCAGAUGGGCAUGGUGGAGUACGCGUGGAGCCACGCCAUCAUCUCCGACGAGCUCUACUCCGCGGUGCGCCGGGAGUGCGACUCGUUCAAGGAGGAGGAGGACGGCGGCAAGCCAAGCAAGGGCUGCUCCCCGGCCGUCCGCGCCUUCCUCAGGGCCUACGACGACAUCGACAUCUACAGCAUCUACACCCCGACGUGCCUCUCCUCCUCCUCCUCCUCCCCCGCGUCCGCAUCGCCGCGCCGCUCGUCUCCCGGGCUCGUCGCCGCGCCCCGCCUCUUCUCCAAGCACGUAAAAGAGGCGUGGCGCAGGAUGCAGCGCGUGCCGGCGGGGUACGACCCGUGCACGGAGGAGUACGUGAAGGGGUAUUUCAACCGCGAGGACGUGCAGCGCGCGCUGCACGCGAACAGGACGGGCCUGAGCUACCCGUACUCCCCCUGCAGUGAGGCCAUAAGUAAAUGGAACGACUCGCCGUCGACCGUGCUCCCCAUCCUGAAGAAGCUCAUGGGCGCCGGGCUGCGCAUCUGGGUUUACAGCGGUGACACGGACGGGAGGGUGCCGGUGACGUCGACGCGGUACAGCCUGAACACGAUGAAGCUGCGGCCGCGGCUGAUGCGGAAGACCGCCGGCGAUGGCGCCGGCGAAGAGUCGGAGUGGGGCGGGUGGCGCGCGUGGUACGACAGGCAGCAGGUGGGCGGGUGGGCGGUGGAGUACGAGGAAGGCCUGACGCUGGUGACGGUGCGCGGCGCCGGGCACCAGGUGCCGCUCUUCGCGCCCCGGCGGUCGCUCGCCAUGCUCUACCACUUCCUCCGCGGCAGCUCGCUGCCCGCUUCGCGCUCCCGCUGAUGAGCACUGCUGCCCAAGUGCAGCCAUAGCUUUGCUAACUUUGCUCGAUUGGAUAGGGAAGGCAAUGGUUUUAAGUGUGUAGCAUUCCGUGAACAAUUGGGAAUUGUUGUUCUCGGCUGGUACAAGCACCCUCUGUAACCCGCAUGCUACUACGGUUAUCAUACGCAGCAGUUGGAACCUUUACGUUCCGGUGUCACGGAAAUUGUAAGUUGGAGCAAGUUUGAAGCUGCAACUGCAAGCUUCUGCAGUCCAUAGGGCACAAGAAGAACAAAGCCUGGUGGUGUCCUUGAGAA